CAGGUUGCUCCGGGAAAAAAUCGGAGGUGGAACUUCGAGGUUUCAGGGCACGCGCUUGCGCUCAUGGUUGAGGAUGGGCUGGCGGCGGGUCCCGGUCCGCUUACUGGCGCUGUGGGUGACGGGCAAUGGUGGGUCGGAUUGAACCUGGCCUGGCCCGGGCACCGAGCUGGAGCGGGGGGUGGUGAGCGGCCGCAGAGGCUGCGGUGUUUAAUUUGGCUGAUUGAGGAGUCGGCAGGGUGCAGGAGCGAUGAGGGGUCAGCGGAGCCUGCUGCUGGGCCCAGCCCGCCUCUGUCUGCGCCUGCUUCUGCUCCUGGGUUACAGGCGCCGCUGCCCACCUCUGCUCCGGGGCCUGGUACAGCGCUGGCGCUAUGGCAAGGUCUGCCUGCGCUCCUUGCUCUAUAACUCCUUUGGGGGUGGUGAUACUGCUGUCGAUGCUGCCUUUGAGCCUGUCUACUGGCUGGUGGACAACGUGAUCCGCUGGUUUGGGGUGGUGUUCGUGGUGCUGGUGAUAGUGCUGACGGGCUCCAUCGUGGCCAUCGCCUACUUGUGUGUCCUGCCUCUCAUCCUUCAAACCUACUCGGUGCCACGACUCUGCUGGCAUUUCUUCUACAGUCACUGGAAUCUGAUUCUCAUCGUUUUCCAUUACUACCAGGCCAUCACCACUCCACCUGGGUACCCACCCCAGGGCAGGAAUGACAUUGCCACAGUCUCCAUCUGUAAGAAGUGUAUUUAUCCCAAACCUGCCCGAACACACCACUGCAGCAUCUGCAAUAGGUGUGUGCUGAAGAUGGACCAUCACUGCCCCUGGCUAAAUAACUGUGUGGGCCACUAUAACCAUCGGUACUUCUUCUCUUUCUGCUUUUUCAUGACUCUGGGCUGUGUCUACUGCAGCUAUGGAAGUUGGGACCUUUUCCGGGAGGCUUAUGCUGCCAUUGAGAAAAUGAAACAGCUCGACAAGAACAAACUGCAGGCGGUUGCCAACCAGACUUAUCACCAGACCCCACCACCCACCUUCUCCUUUCGGGAAAGGAUAACUCACAAGAGCCUUGUCUACCUCUGGUUCCUGUGCAGUCUAAUUGAGGUUGGCAGAGUCAGCACUUUUCUUCAGCAUUUUGGGGCAGGGAACACUCAGGACAUGAGCACUGCUGUUUACCAAGCACUAAGGAUUUCUGUGGCACUUGCCCUGGGUGCCCUAACCAUAUGGCAUGCUGUUCUCAUCAGCCGGGGUGAGACUAGCAUCGAAAGGCACAUCAACAAGAAGGAAAGACGUCGACUACAGGCGAAGGGCAGAGUAUUUAGGAAUCCUUACAACUAUGGCUGUCUGGACAACUGGAAGGUAUUCCUGGGUGUGGACACAGGAAGACUUCUUUUGGCAGACACUAUGUACCCAAAUCCUGGCUAAGACCUACCUCUGCAAAUCGUGGUGUAGAAGCCAGCACAGCUCGAAGACUGAGGAUGAGAUCUUCUCUUUGGAUACCAUGGGGAUCAUUAGGUGGCUGGAAAGGAGAAAGGCCAUGAGUUUGUAUAAUUUUUCAGACCACCUUUGGACACAAAGGCUUGAAUCUGGCAAACCUACACAACAGGUGAUGUGGUCACAGGUCUAGUCUAGCAGAAUAAGAAUAUAUGAGGCCUCAGCAAGAAAAUAUGCUUGCUCUUAUGUGUUCCUUGGAGUUUUUUGUCUUUUAGGCAUUUAUUUUUGAUCUGGUCACACAUUUUCUAUCUGAUCUAUCAUUUUACCACUCAUAGAUAAGCACCCAUAGCUUUCUGGGAAUUGGUUUCUUCUCUGCACCUAUAUUAAUAUUAUAAUGUGUUAGUACACACUGGUUCUCUAUAAAUAAAUGUGAUUGCUAGCCAAGGAUGGUGGCACAUGCCUUUAAUCUCAGCUAUCUGGGAGGCUGAGGCAGGAGGAUUCCAAGUUUGAGGCUGGCCUGGGCACCUUAGUGAGAUUCUACCUCAAAAUUUAAAAAAAGGGGCUGGACAAGCCAAGGAAUACCAAGGACUGACUAUAUCACCAGUUGCUGGGGGAGAGGCAAGGAAGGAUUCUUCCCGCAGGUGCCAACACCUUGAUUUUGGUCAUCUGGCCUCUAGAACUGUGAGAGUGUAAGUUUCCAUUAUUUAAACUUAAAAGGUGGGUGGGGGCUGGGAAUAUAGCUCAGUGGUAGGACACUUGCCUAGCUGAGGCCCUGGGUUUUAUCCACAGUACUGGGAAAAAAAAGAAACAGAACAAAAAAAUGUGACUGCUCUAUAUAUACAGUCUAUAAUCUAUUUCCUCUGUUAAUAUAUUAAUAAGAACAUUUAAAAUGGUAUUAUUCUUACAUAACAUGUUUUAGUGGUAGAUACUAUUUCAUUGUGUGGUUCAGACACAGUUUAUAUAAAUAACAAUCAUUUGACAGACAUUUCUGUUUCUUCACCCAUAUAAAAACUUGUAACUCUGACAACAUAAGCAUAUAUAGUUUCUGUGUCAAGAUGGCAGAUCUGAAAACACUGAAUCAGAUUUUCAUUUCUCCUUUGAAAACUACACAAAAAAUACAAUAAAAGGGAUCUUCUUUUUUUGAGGACCUAAGGCUAAAAGUUGCAGAUAACAAGGGAAAAGCCAUCAGCAAUAAAAUUUUAGAAGCUGAAAAGCAAAUAGAUAUGAAGAAAAUGACUUAACAGACAUAAGACAACAGAAUCCCAGGUAGACUCUGGGCAAGCUAAAUCACUACCCAUACAUACACUGCACAGUCCUCGAAAGGCUUUGGGACUGCAGUUCCAGGAACCUCUGGAGUUGGGAGUGGGGCUAGAGAAGCAGCCUGACUUUCUAGACUGACUUCUAGCUCCUCAUUAAAGGUAGCAGAAUCUGAGGUUUAAUUUUCUGGAACAGGGGUCUUAAAUCUUAGAGCUGCAGGUAUAGUGGUGAGCCUCAGUGCUGCACCAAGAGAUGGGGGUCUAAGUGAUAGGUACUGAGUGCUGGUAUUCUCAGCUCCCUCUGCUUGUCAUCAGACCUAUCCUGAUAGGCAGACCUAAGGUCUUUUUUGAGAAGUACUGGACUAGCCCAAGAAAAAUAAUAUUUGUGGAGUUCUUCAACUUUCCAGUAAGCCAUUCUAUGAUGAAGCUCACACUUAAUAAGUACACUUAUAACCCUCACUUAGAAACAUGUAAAAACUCCCAAGAACUUGCCUCCAGAAUAAAAUGAAAAAAAGGACUAGGGAUGUAGUUCAGUGGUAGAGCACUUGCUUAGCAUAUGCUAGGCCCACUAUCAGGGGAAUUAAAAAAAAAAAAAAAACAAAAAACAACCUGGUAGCCAAAGCAGGAUCUUUCAAGAUUUCAAAGGCAUAAAGUUGUUCUGAGGUAGAAAGGUCACUGAUUAUGGAAGAUAUGAAAAUAAUUUCAGGGCAGAAGUGAUCCCAAGAAACAAUGCCAAAUGAAAUAAGUUGGUAAUUCCCUAUAGCAAAAAUGGCUGCAGCACUUCAAUUAUUUUUAUUUUUUAUGGCACUGGGGAUUUAACCCAGGAGUGCUCUACCACUGAGCUACACCCCCAGCCUUGUUUAUUUUUUUGGGGGGUGUCGGAGGACAGGGUCUUGCCAAGACUGGCCUCAUACUCAUUAUCCUCCUGUCUUGGCCUCCCACCAAGUCACUGGGAUUAUAUGUGCAGUGCAGCACAGCAUUGAGCCUGGUUGACUGUGCACUCUGAAGGCAAUGACAAUCAAUACUCAAAUGUUGCUUGCUGUGCUGCAAUAGAACUCUUCAUUUCUCACAUAGUACUAAUGUUUGUAGUACACAUACCCACGCAUGCCUACACAGUAAUUAGAUCCUGUGUAUUUUGAAGUAAAAAAGAAAUCAAAUGCAAAGUGGGAGGAAGGCCUGAGAGGGUCACAACAAAUAUCUCCUAUACAUACUGUGCUUGAUUGUUCCUUUUUUGUUCUGCCAAUUUGUUGUUAUCUCCUGAGAUGCCCUUUCCAAUUCCAGAAUCAUAUCCCAUGCAUUCCUUAGAAACAAACUGAAAUCCUAUCUUAUCUAUGAGGUCAGUACCUGCCUACUUGAGCUCACACUGAAUUCUGUCUUCUCAGAAAACUAUAGUAUCACUCAUUUUGGUACCUAAUCUCAUAUUGUUACUUAAAUGUUUCAGCUUUCAAGGGCAUGGACUAUGUUUCACAAUCCUGUACCCCUCAGCACCAAGUAUAUUGUCAAGGAACUUAAGGAGUACCCUCAAAUACUUGCUGAUCUGAAUUCUUCCUUAAAUGUCAAAUGCUUCUCCAUUUCCCAGUGAAUUAAAAUGUAAAUUAAUGAGGAUUUCUAAACAUAAAUCCAGGAAAUGUCUGUUUUGUUCACAUGUGUCCUCUGUGCCUAGAACAGUGCCUGUACAUAGCAGGUACUCAACAAAAUAUUUAAAUGAAUAAACAAAGGUGCUUCUUACAGGAGUAAAAUCAAUAGGGAAAUAACAGGAUGUGACUUCAAAUAACUCCUCCACAAAGGGUCCUGUGACAACAGAGAAAGAAUGAGGUUGAAUUAUCAGUUUCAUUCACCCAAGAAGCCCGAAUCAGCUAAUUCAUGGCCACUAAGACAUACCCAGGC